UUCAAUUUUCAUUACUACUAAAUUUUUUUGUCUUUCCUUUUACUGUGUGUGUUUCUACUGCAAAACUCCUCAUCUCAUCAAUAUUGGGAGAAAUACUAAAAUUUAAUCACUAAGUGUUGGAGUCGGAUGGAGAGCACCGAUUCGUCGACCGGAUCGCAGCAGCCGCAGCUGCCUCCGGGAUUCCGGUUCCAUCCGACCGACGAGGAGCUGGUGGUGUAUUAUCUGAAGAAGAAGAUCGCCUCCGUGCCCUUGCCGGCGGCCAUCAUCGCCGAAGUUGAUCUCUACAAGUUUGAUCCGUGGGAGCUCCCAGCUAAGGCUUCGUUUGGAGAUCAGGAAUGGUACUUCUUCAGCCCGAGGGACAGGAAGUACCCGAACGGGACUAGGCCGAACAGGGCGGCCACGUCCGGGUACUGGAAGGCGACAGGGACGGACAAGCCAGUGAUGACCGGCGGAGGGUCGCAGAAGGUCGGGGUGAAAAAAGCCCUUGUUUUCUACGGAGGAAAGCCGCCGAAGGGGAUCAAGACGAACUGGAUCAUGCAUGAGUACAGGCUCGUGGAUAACAAGCCUAGCUCCAAGCCUCCGGGUUGUGAUUUCAUCAACAAAAAGGGGUCACUAAGGCUGGACGACUGGGUCCUCUGUCGGAUAUACAAGAAGAACAACGCUGCGCUGCCGUUGGACCAGGAGCGCGACGACAUACACGACGUGAUGGGAUCGAUGAAUCCUCAGACCAUAACUAUGCCUUCGGUGGGCCAUCAUAAAUUUAUCGAAAGCGACCACAGUCUGUAUGAAGGGAUGAUGAACGACGUAGCCAUGAAUCCCCAUUUGGCCAACGCCAAUGCUCUCCUUCCACCGCACAGCCUCAAGAGGCCUAUGAAUCCCGGCCUCUAUUGGAACGACGCCGCGGCUGCUGGAACCUCGCCCUCCACCAAGAGAUUCUUGGCUGAGAGCUGCGAUGGAGCCAGAGCCGCUACCGACGACGCCACCAUUCUAAGCCAGCUACAGCAGCAGCAACAACAACAGGCAAUGCUCGGAGAUGGGGUUUUCGGGCAGCAACCAUAUCAUCAGGUCAAUUGGUACACAUGAUUAUUAUAUACAUAAUAUAUGUGUAUUUAUGUAUGUAUGUAUGUAUAUAAGUUGGUUAGAAUUUGUAAGUUUGAUUGAAUCCAUUUUUAAAAACUCUAAAUUAUGCAACAAGCUGAGGAAACAGAUGAUGAUGAUGCUUGCUUGUGUUGGAGGAGAUCAAGAUUUAUUAUAUUAGUGCUAGAAUUUACUAUUAUGGGAUCAGAUUUUGAUUGUAGAUACAGGAAAAUAUACACAAAUUAAUACUGUAUUUAUAUAGUAAGUUUUUGUGUAGAAGAGAUUAGAUGAGACAGUAUGUUAUUUGCUGUAAUAUAUAUUUAUUUUGUUAAUGAUCAUAUAUAAAUCGUCAUUUAGUAGGUGUAAAAACUAAUUAUAGGAAUCAUGUACUCAUCUUGUUGUGGAGAAGUUGAAUAAAUCAAUUUUAGUAA